GAAGCAAAAGCCUUGGGCCGUUUUCCAAUACUCAACUUCGUCUCCGUCUCAGGUGCGUCCCAAAACUUAUCCCCGAAUUGAUCAAAUCAAAUUGGAUUACUGUAAGCUUUUGCUCUCUUGCAUCUUAUUUUAUGUUUUGUGGUACUACUAGACUAAUUGGUGCGCUUACAGCUUCAAAGUCUCAAAGUCAGGUAGUAAAAACAGUUGAAGCCUGAGACGCAGCAGCAGUUGAGUAUUGGAAAACGGCCCUAGUCGAGUCAACCGGUCGAGUUGACCUGACACCUUUAUAAAUUACAGUGGCUGCAAUUGUACGCGUGGAACUUUGCCUUCGGCCUUUGCUGCACAUUAGUACGACCUGGUAAUUUCGCGAGCAAGCUCGCAAAGCUUUUUAACCAUAGCUCCGUGGUUUUACGAACUUGGUAGCUGCGCUUUGGUUUGUACAAUCUUAUUCCUCUUAUGGAGCAAGUUCAACACGUUGAACUUCAGCUUUUCGAAAUGUAGGCCUACGUACGUGUGCAUGUAGGCUGUUUACAUCACUGCGUGCUACGCACGGGACACCGCAUCGCCAGUCACCGGCCCCAGCGCGGGACCUACUCAAUACGCUGAGCCGGAAGUGGCUGAAGACUCGAAGUUGACAUGAUUGGCAUCGCUGUAUUACACCACGUACUCACCCCAGAAACAGUGCUCUUUGAAUAAAAGUUCAAGAUGUCUGGCGAUGUGAUAGGUUUGUCGAGGGACACAGAGUGUGUUCAGAUGCGUGAGAUCAGUGGACGGAGCGGCAUGAUGCAGCGACAGAGACAACAGCAAUGGCAGCAGCAGCAACAACAAUCGCAGGGUCCUCUCAGUCCCGUAGGGGGUGUGCAGCGACUUGGGAGUACCAUCUCAACCAGGUCCAUCAAAGCUGUUGAUGUCUGUGUGUUCCUGAAAGAUGGUACGGGCCACGAAUUCUUCCUGGAAAAUGCCCUGGUGGAGACGGCAGGUGACAUCAUGAAACGGAUGCAGGAGCAUCUUGGGUUACCAGAGGUGGCCAGCGAGGUCUUCUUCCUCUGGAUCACAUCUCCGCUCCUGCAGUUACAGCUCAAGAGCCACCAUAUCCCAUUCAAGCUGUGUAGGAAGUGGCAUGAUCUUUUGGACAAGUUUACCACAGCCAAAGAAGAACAGAAAGCUAAUGAUGAACCAAUGCUUUACUUCCAAAGAAAUGUCUUCUUUCCCAAAGCCAAAGAAGCCCAGAUAACGGACCAAAAGGUGUUGCGACUUCUUUACGAAGAGGCGAAAUGUAACAUCUUACAAGGCAACUACCCCUGUGAGCCAGAGGAUUUUGAAUAUCUUGCUGGGAUCAUAGCCUAUGCUGAAAAUGGAAAAUAUGACCCUGAUCAACAUCCUGCAGGUUUUUUGAAGACACCCAAGCCUGUGUCUGAUAAUGCAUCGUCGUCUUCCAUUGGCUCUCAAACCAACCAAGUUCAGAAUCUUGAUUCCUUACACAGAUACCUUCCAGCUUGUAUGUGCAAAGGCGGGUCAAGAUGGAUCAAAAACAAAGGAGGUUUUCCUUUGCUGGAACAGAGAGUAAUGGCAGCUUGGGAUGACAUCUCAGGGAAAGUCAGGAGCAAAAGAGAGUGUCAUCAACACUUACUCGACUUCUGCUGGAAACUUCCAUUUUACGGGUGCGUGUUCUUCACAGGCCAGAUUGAGAGGGUGUCGUCGCCUGUGACCCUUCGUGACACCAAGGACAGACCAGUACAUAUCGGUAUUAAUAAGGAGGCUGUGUUCAUCAUCGACAUCGCUAAGCAGGACAUCAUUCUGGGCUUGACCUAUGACGAGUUGUCCUGGGAGUAUACCGAACCGGCUAGGGACAAUCCUGGCUGCAUGCCGUGCCUGUGGUUAGAGUUUGAUUCGGAAGAAGGCGGGAAGAGAUGUAGCAAAGUACUCCAAAUAUUCUCCAGACAGGCGGUGAUGAUGAAUGCAAUGAUCGAAGCAAGCGUAGAGGAACUCAACAAGCUGGACUUGGAGGGAAAGCACAGAAGCAAGACGGUCAUGGACGGUCUGAUGAGCGUUUCUGAGAAUCAGGAAAAUGGAGUUGACAUGGUGGAUGCCUGCAUUUCAUUCACCAGAGUUGCUAUGGAGGCAUCAGCACCAGUGUUUGGAAUUCUGCCAGUGAAAGCCCCCAAGACAGCCGUCAGCAAUAAGAUGGAUCGCUUAUGUCUCUCUACAUUCUCAGAAAAGGGUGAGCUGAUCAGUAGGAAGGCCAGGGGGGCUCGACGGCCCUUUUCUCUAACCAACUUCUUCCGUACUUCCGAUCAGAGAUGAGAUUCGGCAUAAACUCUUCCAGUCAGUAAAACUGAUUUGCCUUAAGUAAGCCACUCAGCAAGUACAUGUAAAUGGUAAAUCAUCUAUAAACAAAAGAAUUGUUUUGUACCAAUUGUAAAUUUUGUUGUGAAAAGACAUUUAUCUUGGAAAGUGAAUUUCCUGGCGAGAUGGUUAGUAAAAGUAAAUUGCUUACCUGCAUUAACAACUGCAUUCAACUCUGAAUAUGCUUGUACAUAUUUUUUAGUCAUGUAACUUUAAACUCCAGUUUAACAUUGUAGAUUGCCUCAUGCCACCAGUACAUUAUUCACCUAAAAAUGAGACUUUUGGAUAAUGAGUUUUCAACUUGAUAUCAGGGUAUUCUAAAUGUUUCCCAGGAGGUUGGUAACAUGGGCAGUGGCAGGGGUAGCACUUGACCUACCCCUACCCUAACCCCCCCCCACUAAAAACAUUGUGAAAUAAACAAGGGAGGAAACGGCAAAAAAAAAAAAUGUUGGAAAUCACCAAUUAGCUUAAAAAUACCUGAAAACUGACCCCAUCCACUGAUCAUGAUUUGUCCAUUUGUUGGCUGAUGAUUGCUUUGUGCUCCUCCCCCCACCCCUACCCUGGAUAAAAUCCUAGCAAUAUCCAUGGUCGGUAAUCCUUUGAGUACCUUAACAUUUCCCUGUUUCUCAGAACAAAAACCUUGGUGGAAGGGAUAAGCAAAUAAGGGGCUUUCUUUAGUCCGGGGAAACUCAUUUUCUAUUUUUGCCUUAUACACUUCACUUCUUUUGAAUGUUUUGUAAAAAAAUUAAAUGAGUACACGGCAUACUAAGUGCAUAUGUGAAUGAAUGAUAGCUUAAAAGCAAAAGUCCAACUAUUUGUAUCAUAGCAAUAAUGCAUUGCUUCGGCAAAUUCUGUGCAUAAUUUAUUAUCAGGUGAUCAAAUGGAUUCUCUUUUUUGGUAGGAGUGAGUUUCCUGCCUCAAAUCUUUGAUAAGUAUAAAUUAAGCCAGUAUAUCUUAAUCUGGGUGUCAAUUGAAAACAGUGUACUUACUUGCACUAUAAAAUUAGUACAUUCAUGAAAACCUUGGGCAAAUCGAUUAAUACAGUUUGCAAAAGGAAAUGUACGUGAUAUAAAUGCAAAGACAAAAUCUGCUAAGUGCUGAUGGAUAUGAGUAAUUUAGGAAUAUGACAAAUGAUCAGUAAAAAGUCUAGAUAAAUUAAGUUAAUAUCUUCCAUGAAGUACGUUGGACGAGAUUUUAUAUACAUAACUGAUGUUCAGUACAUCCAAGCAAAACAAUGCUUUGAGAAAUAACAUACCAGAUUUUCAUCAAGUUCUGUGCACUGCUUAGCAUAAGUAAUCCUGACCAAUACUUAGUGGUGGGCUUAGAAAGCAAUAGGACUAAUUUGCUUAUUACACUACAGCAGACGGUGGAAAUUUAUGAAUGGUUUCACCGUCAAGUUGCCGAAUAUCAGCUAACCAAAAGGCGUUUAUGAAUAAGUGAAUGGUAGCACACUCAUGAAGACAUGCUGAAUAGGUCAGUUUCUGAUUUGGAAGUUUGAAACUUGCAGGGCAAGAUCAGUGAUACGGUCAGAGAAGUGUUUCCUGAGUUCUAUUAUCUGUAUGUAAACUCCUAUUUUAAACAUACUUGUACUAGUGUCAUGUUUUCCUUAGCGAGUGUUUUAAUACUGCUGAUAAUGAAGCUGUAUGGUAAUAGAAGUGAGGUUGCAUCAGGAACAUCUUUAGGAUCUUGAAGUGUGAUAUAACCAGCUUUUCUGUUUUCAACACUGCCAUUUUACUUUAGGUUAACGUUGCCAUUGAAAGAUAGUUUUUGAGUGCAAUUUUAGUUUCCUUUUAUCAACAGAUAUGUUUCUUGGCAUAAGUCGGAUGCAGCUUUUAAAAAGUCACUGCAGGCCUAGAUCAGAAUAGAUCUACAGUGCUCAAGUUGCUCAUCAGAGCUUAAUAUCCAAAAAUUGAUAGACUUUUCAGUUUCAAAAGCAAAAAAUCACUUGAUUGUGAUACAUAAAUUUCUGUACUCACAACUACAAGUAAAUCCAAUUCUCAGUUACAACUCUCCA